GGGCAGUGCAGUGCAGCGCAAGAGCCAGUAUGUAUUCACACGCAGCGAAGGAAGUGAUCAAGAGCUCAAGGAAGACAGGCUGGCACACACAAACACGCAUGACACGAAGAGAGAGGUGCAGCUAGCUCGCCACAUUGUACAUCGGCGCGGCGCAGAUGGCACCAUAGCACCCACCAUGGUGAUGCAACGCAAAAUCAGACAGAUAAGAAAGAUGCAAAAAGAAAGAUGCAAAAAGUAGCAGCAGCAACACACUCACCCACCAAGGUCACUCAGCAGCACUCACACACACACACGCAACCGCACACUAAGUGCUGCCCCUUGGCGUGUGCCCAGACCUCCUGUCUGUUGUAACUGAGUGCAUUCUCUUCUUGCCAACCUGCCCUGACUUGUCCACUGUAGGCGACAGGGCCUCGAGCGUUCCCUGGUGCAGUGUGGGCUUGCUGCUGCUGCUGGGAGCACUGGGAGCGGCACUGGCCCCUACAGGGGCUGCGGCGGCAGCAGUGGUCAAGAGGAAUGUCUGCUGCUCCCUGGCGUGUUGGCGCAUGCCGUCGACGAACCGUGCGAAGUCGAUGGAGCCGUGGGUGCUGAUGUCUGAGUCGAGCCGGCGGAAGAACUCGUCCUCGCCGUGCUUCUCCUCGACCCGCCUGGCCACCUGCAGGCAUCCAUGUGCCGGGAGAGACACAUGAAUGUGGGUGUGUGGUCACGUCACCUACCUCGUCGGUGAGCAGUAGGUCUCUGAGGUCUGAUGCGGAGAUGAGUCCGUUGCCGUCCUGGUCGAAGAUGCGGAACGUGUUGGAGAGGAUGUUGUCACCCUCAUAUAACGACCUACACCCAUACAAUACACAUGAAGGUGUCUGUGUGUGUGCAUUGGGGUGUGUCUCUGCCUGCCUGUCUGUCCGUCUCUCUGUCUGUCUGUCUUGGUUACUUGUCGAUGACGGCUGCCAGCCACUCGGUGUAUUCCACACGACCGCUGCCAUCCGUAUCCAACUCCUACAUCCCAUCCAAUCCACACACACAUGCAAUGCACACGAUGCCAUCCCCCCCGUGAAUGCAUCCUGUACUGGCAUACAUACUUCGAACAUUUGGUUGGCUGACAGACCGAUCUCCUGCAGCUCAGGAUGGGUCGCCAACGCGUCCUCCAUCUCCUGCGCACAACGCACACACACACACACAAUCUCCUCUGUCUGUCUGUGUGUCGGCCCUGCACGUCCAGUCCAUGCAUUCAAACCAAACCGGCAGAGUGAUGGUGCCGUCUCCGUCUGUGUCGAGCUGCUCGAAGACCUGCUGGUAGACCACCAGGGCCUCUGUGGCGACCUGAGACGCGACCGUCAUCAACACGGCCUUCGUCAGACGGGUCUCCCGGCAGAAUGCACGCAGAGACGACACCAUCUCCUGCACAGACAGACAGACAGACACAAAUUGAAUUAAGAGAGAGAGGAGAGGUGGGUGGGAAGUGUGUGUGGGGUGGGUGCAUGGUAUGUAUGAGUGUCCGUCCCCACCCUUGUCAGCGGCUGGAAAGGCUGUGGUCUGUCGAUCCACGGGUGCAGGAGGGCCUGCUCUGCCGUCAGACGCUCACGUGCAUCGUACCUGCACCCAUACACACAAACAGACAUACAGGGCAAGGCCAACACACACACAGAUGGUAUGUAUCUUCCUUCCGCAUGUGCCAUUUCAUGGCACUCUAUCUGUCCGCUGACUGACCUGAGCAGUUUCCUGAUGAGGUCCUUAGCGUCGUCAGAGAUGGCUUUCCACUGCGGGCCGUCCAUCCGAAACCUGCCCUCCAUCACCUUAUCGCUUAUCUACGGAACGCAUACAGCCAGGCAUGUGAACAUGGAUGGCAUCAUGAUGCGUCUCUCCCUCUUUUGUGACUUGCCUGUUGUUUGCUGGCACCGGGGAAUGGCUGUGUCCCGGAGAGCAGGACGUAGGUGACGACUCCGACAGACCAGAGGUCACAGGCGCCGUCGUACUGCCCCUGCCACACCUGAGGGGCCAUGUAGUGGGGCUGCACACAGAUACACACAUACCAUACCCCCACCAAUCAGCCAUACCAAGUUGAGUCUAACAGUCAGUCCAUGUAGGCCAUGUGUACUGUACCGUGCCGACGACCCUGCUGGACGUGCCGUCAGAGGCGCGGCCGAAACCAGCCAUUCCUGAUGAAUCAUCAUCCAUCCAUCCAUCCAGCCAGCCAGCCAGCCAUCCAUGUCCACCGAUUCGAUUCACGUUAAUUACCGAAGUCAAUCAGCUUGAUUGGCGCAUCGUCUCUGCCAGUGACGAACAGCAUGUUGUCAGGCUUGAUGUCCCUGCAGUGCACACACAUACCAACCAACCAACACCGAGAGUGACACCAUGAAAGCAUGCCAUGUCAUGGUAUCUCUCUCUCUUACCCAAUCCACUGGAUUGGGUGGACCCUAACAUUCGUACCUGUGCAUGAUGGGAGGCGUGUGGCAGUGCAGAUAAUAGACCCCCCUCAACAGCUGCCGUAUCCAGCCAGCAAUCUCCGCCUCAUCGACCGUCCCGCCCCUACCCGCCAGCCGCUCCACAACCGACCCGCCGCGACACAACUCCAUCACCAAAUAGACCUCACUACCACACACAAGAGGGCAAAGGUGGAUGUCAUGAGUGCAACAAAGUGUGUGUGUGUGUGUGCCUGGUGCCACUGAGGGAUGCUCUGCCUACUCUUUGUCUUCAUAGACUUCGUAUAGCCUCACGACAUGUGGGUGGUCAAGCGUCUUGAGCACGGCCACUUCGCUCUUGAACUGCUUGAGGUCCCGGAUCUUGGCGCGAGGGAUGGCCUUGACCGCCCGCAUGUCCUGCGUCGCCAGAUGCCUCGCCGCGUACACCGUCCCGAAGGCACCCGAACCCAGCUUCUCCUCGAACGCAUAGUCGUCCCUGAUGGCGCAAUCCGACCGGUUCUGCACGUAAAAGGCCCCUUUGAACGGUAGCUUGUCCUCGCCCCUCUCCAUCACAGAGCCCCACUGCUGCGUCAGCCGCUGACUCGCCUGCGUCCACAAUGCGCCGAUUCCCGCCCCGCCUCGUGUUUUCGAUGAGGCCUCGGUUGGCGACUGCGGUCUGAUGAUCCCCGGCGGCUCUGUGCCGUCAUCUGGCUGUUCUGUGUUGUCCUGCGGCCCGUCAGCCAGCACUGAUAUCGCCUGAGGGCCCUUUGCGACGGACACCUGAAUGUCGGAUGUGACGAUGGUGGAUGGCUGCUCGCCUUCCUGUGCGGGCCCCGACGAUGGCUGAAGGCACCGGUCGCAUAUGCUGCCCAUCGCGGACGAAGUUUCC